AUCAACUUGAGAAUUAAGAUGCCAGACCACACCCGUCUCCCAACCUAUUUCAUCGGCCACGGCGGCGUCUCCAUCCUCUUCAAACCCGGUUACGGCCCCGUCCAAGACGAACUCCGCCAAAUCGGCCGGGAGAUUCACGGCCUCCGUCCCGAAGCCAUCGUUGUAGUCAGCGGACACCACCAGAGCGAAAACCCCGGGGUGGUAGAAGUCAACCUCAAGGAACCCACGAAGGUCUGGCACGACCUCGGCCCCAGCUGGAAGAAUACUUACCCGCACGUCUUCGAGUACGAGUACCCGCACCAAUCAUCGCGCGCGCUAGGUGAGCAGGUCUUGCAGCACCUGGAGGAUCAUGGGAUUCGUGCCGAGGGGGUGGAGAGGGAUUUGGAUCAUGGAAUUUGGGUCCCCUUCAAGCUCAUGUUCCCCGAAGGCAGUCCCGAGGAAUUGAUCAACGUGCCCAUUCUCCAAGUCUCUUCGUUUGCAGGGGAUGAUUACGGGGCGCAUGUAGAGUUAGGACGGGCAUUGGCGAGCCUCCCCGGUCGCAUCCUCAUCGUCGGUUCCGGGAUGCUAUGUCACAACCUCAGAGCCACCCGCGAGAGCACCGACCUGACUGUCGUCAAGGGGAUUGAGACAGCGGCACUGCAGAUUCUAGAGACAACUCCCCAGACGACACAAGGUUUGACAGAGGCAUUCCUGCAGUUGCCGAGGCGGCCCGAUUGGCCGCUCGCACAUCCGACGGUGGAGCAUGUCUUGCCGUUGUAUGUGACUUUGGGAGCGGCAGAGGAGAUUGAGUCUGUAAAAGGGAAGGAGGGACUUGAGGAAGGAGAGGUGGAAACGUGGAAUCGCAAUCAGUAUAUUGUCGGUCAGUCGUAUUUGUCUUUCCGGCUGGGGCGGGCUUCGACUUAG